AUGAAAAUACAGCAAGAUUUUAAAGAAACCAAAAAAAUACUUGCUUCUCAUUCCGGAUUUAAACGAGAGAAGGAAGAAUUUGAAGAGAGUAUUAAUUACUAUAUCCACUUUCAGGGCAAACUAGCUCCACUACGCGAAGUAAUUUGUUAUUCUGGCCCCCCCGGCACGGGAAAAACAACCUUUGUGCAAACUUUAAGUAAGGCCAUGGGGCGCGAAUUAGAGCCAAUUCCUUGUGCGGGGUUAGUCAAUCCCGAGGAAUAUUCUAUUUUAGGCGACCAACACAAGCCUAGUUUAGUAGCCUGGGCAAUGCUAAAAAAUGGUUGUAAAAACCCCAUUAUUUUGCUGGAUGAAUUAGAAAAAGUAACGGAUGAAAAAAUUCAAGCGGAUUUAAUCAAACUUUUUAAAGCGUUUAAAGAAAAAGGAAGUUAUAAAGACCCUUAUUUUGAUGAAGAGAUAGAUUUAAAAUAUAUUAACAUUUUUGCCGCCGUAAAUUAUGACCAAAAACUAGCUACUAAAUUAAAAACCGAGGUGGAUUUGAAAAAAUUAUUAGAAAAAGGAGUACGCCAAUUAGAGCAGGCUUGCCAUAAAAUUAUUGAGGAACAUAUUGCCGCUAAGCAGACUAACCGGCCAGCAUUUCAAGGAGAUAAACAUUUAGCAAUAGAAUUUAAUGACAAACCAGGAACUUUUCAUGCCCGUUCGAAUAAAAAUCCUGAACUAGAAGAAAUUGAAAAAUACCUAAAAGCAGGUACAAACAAAUUGACUAUUGAACCAAGGCAAAACCACGACUUUUCUCGGGUUCACUUACUAGCCGGAGAAGAGCAUAACCAAGAACUAACCCCCUUAAAAGAACAAAUUAAUUUAAUUGAUUUUAGUCAACAUAACCACGAAGAUCCGAAGUUUAUAGAAAGCAAAAUUAAAGAAAUUUAUAAUAAUCCGGCAAACCAAGAACUUAUAAAAAAAGGAGAAUUUCCGGUCCUUUGUUUUAAAAAUAUUGAAAAAAUUGGGUCAAAUCAAGCCUUAGAGGAAGCUUUAUUACCGGUAUUUGACCAGCAACAAAAUUCUCAAUUAUUUAAUAAAGAAAUUGAUUUAGCAAAAUUUAUUUUAAUUGCGACUACUUCUACUCACGAAACAGAAAAAUUAUCCGCUCCUUUACUUUCGCGUUUAGAUUGGGAAAAUGCGGACACUGCUCAGCCCAAAAAAUUUUUCUUGGAUAAAUAUUAUUAUUGA